AUGCCCAACGGCCCGUUCGCCGUAGAGCGAUCGGUCGCUGAGCUCGCCGUCGUGAGGGCGGUACAGCUUGUCAAGCACGACCAAGGCCGCAACGCCCAAGACAUACCAAACCGAAAUGGAAACCCAGUCGCCACAAGCAGCUUCGUCUCACAGGCGCUGAUAGUCGCUGCUAUCAAAGAAAUGUUCCCGAACGACCGUUUCGUUUGCCAGGAAGACUCCUCGCUCCUUCGCACCAACCCCGCCAUCAACAAGUUUGUCUAUAAACGCACCUCGAGCAUCAAGAUGGAGGGCAUGGUGCCGGGCAAGUUCAUGGAUGCACCAAAGUCCCCCGAGGAACUGCAUGAACUACUUGACCGUGGCAAGGGCGGCACCGAGCGCACUGGCCGGUUCUGGGUCGUCGACCCCAUCGAUGGCACAUUCUCAUACCUCGUUGGCGAACAGUGGGCUAUAGCUGUCUGUCUUGUCGUAGAUGGAGUUGAGGUGGUCUCUGCGGUGGCUUGCCCAAACCUCAAGAUCGUCAACGGCCGCAUCUCCGAGACAAACGUUGAUGUACACGGAAUGGGUCUCUUGUUUUCCGCAGAGAAAGGGUUUGGUGCUGGCAUGAGGACUCUUGACACAUUGUCUGCCAUUCUGCCUACAAGAAAAAAGCUCAACCCUGUUGCUGCAUCUGCUGAUCCCAAGCAUCCCGUUAUUGUUGCAAGCACAUACUCUCAUAUUCUGCAGCUUGAUGUGACGGAAGAGACGGCAGACAGGCUCAGCAUUCAGUACCCCAACAUUAAUAUCUGGUCCUCGCAUGUGCGGUAUAUCGCUCUUGUCAUUGGUGGAGGUGACUUCUUCCUCAGAGUACCUCUGCAACAAGGCUAUAAACCAUAUAUAUGGGACCAUGCCGGCUCCCACCUAAUAUUUACGGAACUAGGCGGCAUUGUGACCGACUUGGAUGGCAAACGACUCGACUUUUCCUGCGGCAGGUAUUUAGCAAAGAACCGAGGCAUGGUUGCUGCCCGAGCGGAAGUCUUUGAUAGGGUAUUCCAUGCCGUUAAGAGGACAAUAGCAGAGGCUACCCGUCCGCACCGUGGAGAGUCCUACUAUGUGCCCUAUAACGACCCGAUGGACCGCAAUCCUUUGGUCAACAAUUAUGGCAAAAAAGAAAAACCCAAGCCUCCUGCUGAGACUCCAAUGGAGAGAAUUGUGAGAUUAGCCAAGGAAACUGAACAUUCAAUACCUGGUCUCCCAAUGGGUGCCUCGCGUUUCACCCCGGAGCAGAGAGCGGCGCUUGAGCCUACUCUCUUUGGCGCAGCCGGAGACGGAGAUGUGUACGAUGACGAGUCAGAUGAAGAGGAAGAUGAAGACGAGUCGAUAUCACGAGCCAGUACUGAGACUGUGAGACCGUCGCCCUCGAUAUAUGGCGAGCCAACUAUUGAAUUAAGAGAUGGGGCUACUGGUUCCCAUGAAACUUCCGACAAGACAAUGCCCACGACUACUGGCGAUAGUGUCAUAACAGACAAAGCAACAAAUAACGACGGAGCGAGCACCAAGGCAACAGAAGAUAAAACUGGAGAUAACAAAAGGGUAACGGGUGAAUCUAAAGAUGAUAAUGCCACGGCCAGUGAGGUUAUGAAAUCUCAGGGUAAUGUCGGUGAAGCUGAUUCUCACGACGAGGCUGUCAAGCGGACGGAAUCUGAUGAGCCAUCUACCGCUGACGGACCGGUUGCUUCACAAGUUCCUAUUAAGAAAGUGGAGCUUGGAGAUGCGUCCAGCAGUGCAGAUGUAUCAACACCUGACAAAGCUCCUGAACAGAAGGAGCCCCAGGUGGAUAACCAAGACGAUGUCACCGCACUGAUUUCAGAAGCUGAAGCAACAAACGCUCCUACUAUUGCUAAGGUUAAGAUUCCUAUUCAUGCCAAGUCCGACGAUCCUGCUGCUGAAAAUGAGCCAGCAGUUGCGGAAAAGAUUGUCCAACCAGAGGUCAAGAUAACAGGUGAUCAGCAUGAAGCUAAGAAUAAAGCUCCAGAAGCGCCUGAGCAGGAUACGCCUCUGGUAAAGUCGACUCACGACGCUACCAAUACUAGCAAUCCUGCAAAAGCUGGAGAGCGUGUUGAUGCCGCCCAGACUGCCAGUGCUGAUGAUGCUGGCGUAGUUGCAGAAGUUGUAGAGGCCACAGAGACUACCGAUACCGAUGAUACUACUAAAGCCAAGGUUGAUGAAUCUACCUAA